UUAUUUAAAAUAAACGAUCAUUGGUGUUGAAGUGCAUUUCGAUCACGUAACUAUUGCAAUUAACAGUUUGUGGCUUGAAUUUAAAAAAAAACACAAAAAAAAACCGUUUUCCUUUAGUUGUAAAGCCCUCUUAAAAUCAUUAAAAAUGUUUCGUUUAUUUUUAAAUUUAUUCAGUUUAUUGUUUUGUCUUAUCUUGGUGGCCUGCCGUCCGCAAUUGAAUCGUUAUCAACAUAUAGCGGUGCUGGAAAAUGACGCCUGGGAGGAUAGCUUACCGUAUGAAUUCAAGAAUCCUUUUUAUAAGACGCCACGAGUGAGAGCGGCUUUAGCCGAGUCCUCCUGGUUUGGACCAGGCGAAAUACCGGUAUUAGAACGACAAGCUGAAAAAAUUUCCAGAAGGGAAAUUUAUAAAGUUUUAAGUCAUGCUGGUCUACUACAUAAAUAUUAAAAAAUUUUUCAUUAG